GAGGAACAAACCUCCAAAAUAAUCGUAACCACGGUGUUAGUGUUAGUCCCGACUCAGAAUCAGUGCUGUUUGAGACUGUUUAAUUUAGUAAGUUCAGGCUUUCGGUGUAAUAAUAUCCCCUGUGCGCGAUCCGGAUUCGGAUCCGUGUUCCAGGCUAAAUCCUAUAGCGUUGGUUUGAAGCCGUGUUUUACAGGUGACUCAGAGUGACAGUUGGAGCGGCUAAAGCGUAAACAGACUGCUGUUGGUAGCCAGGCUUACUAGCUAUAUAACUUAGUUUUUUUGUUUAGAAAUGUAUUUAUGUCGCUGAAUAGAGACUUUGAUAAAAUUUGAGUACGUUUUUUGUCUAUCAAAAAGUUUUAAUUGGGUCAGGCUAAGCUGCAGCGGGCGCUUUUUUCCGUAAACUUUGUAGUUGUCGGUAAUGCUAGCUCUUAGCUUAGCUAGCGUUAGCUAAGCUUUGACCAAACAAACUGAGCUAGCUGCUAGUUUUUUGGAAAGAUGUAGGUAACUUACUAAUUUUAUUUAUUUCCUACUUUAUUAUUUUAUUUUUAGAUAGUUAGCUAACUAGCUAGUUAGCUAGGUAAUCGAGCAGUUAAAUAGAAACUAGCUAGUUAGCUAGCUAACUUAGCUAGCAGUUGAGUUGGAUAUGGUGUAACGUUAGUGGUUGCUAGGCAGCUAGCUUUAGUUUUUAAGUAAGCACGCUAACUAACUUACUAUACCCCUCCAAAAUGGAGAGCUACGAUGAAUUCAUCCAAAAGCAAAUACGCCAAAUUAAAGGCAAUGCUCAUGUAGAAACCUCUGAACCAGCCAGCAGCCCUCAACCAUCAAAUAUAAGGUUUUACGGAGUCCCUGUUCUCCCUCCGCUGCUAAACAAGGACCAGAAAGAAGAAAUGCAAAGGCUCAGAGAAUCAGCCACCCAUCUGAUGAAUAAAUGGAAAUGCUCAUCCUCAUCUCGAGUGUCUUACGUACAGAACAUUCUUAACAGUGUGCAGUUACGAAAUGCCCCAACGUUUGAAGACUUUAAGGAUGAGAGACCAGCUACAGACGAGUGUGAUGAAACAGCAGAAAGCCACUGGAUUUUACCUGUUUUCCCAGCAGCACCACAGAUCACUGAUGAAAAAGCACACAUUUCUCUCAGUCAACCUAUGACAUCUACAGCUUGUGAUGGUCAUGCAGUGUUAAGGCUUAGACCUUUGGAAGGAGAAUAUUCAUUAGAGAACAGCCAUACAACUGUUCUGUUUGAAGGUGUUCCUCUGGUCGGUCACAAACCAGAGCAAUCUCUUGAUCCGGGCACUGAUAAUGCACUUAACACACACUCUCUGUCUCAAUCAUAUAAAAACCCACACAUAGAUGUAAGCCAGCAGGGGCUGUCAUCUGGAUAUGUGACCAUUGAGCCUUCGGAUGUCAGCUCUGGUUGGAUAGUGGGAGAUGAAGGCAUGGAAGAAAGGCAUUCAGUUCAGAGUGGCUUUUUCUUAAACACUUCAAACUCAACUAGCAUCAUCAGCCAUGCUCCGGUAGAUGGAGAGGUCCUGGAGGAGGAGCAUACACUCUCUAACCAGGAACAUCCUGAGGUUAAAGAACCAGUAAAUGCUGCAUUGGGGACAGAGCCAUCUGAAGAAGGUCCUUACCGCAUGAGCCUGCAGAACCUUCUGAAAAAAUCUCAAGAGCAUCGGAGACAUCAGAGGAUGCUGCGCAACCAGGCAUUGAAAGCUUUGAAAGUUAGUGAAGCCCCAGUUGUUGAAGAAUGCAGUCUUUCUGACAAGGAGAAUGAAGAAUUUUUCCCAGGUGGAACAGUAAAAGCGGAGCUGAGGAGAAUCAGGGAAAGGAAAAGGGAACAGUUACCCGAAAUAAAGGUGCCAAGCCUUGAAAUCCAGAUACAAAACCAUGGGACAGGUAGAGAUAAUCUAAAACCCCCUGAUCUGGUCAGCGAUGUUGAAGAUGUAAAUCCUCCUAAAUGUGAAGUGCCACUUGACCAUUGCUUUAAUAUUACUUCCUCCUCAAACACUGCAGGUAGUGUUACUGAAAAACCAUUGCCAACUCUGUCAAGCUAUCCAAGUAUGGCAGACAGCCCCAAUCAGUCUACUUCAGCGACAGCGUCCCCCUCAGCAAAAUCUCUUUACCAGUCCAAAACCAAGAAAGCAGGCAGUCUGCUGCCCAGGCCUUGCCAAGCAGCGGGUAAAAAAUUUAAUAAUGUGCCUACCCCCAAGUUCUGCUUGAGCCCAGUGCGCAGUAAAAAAGGCAGUGGCAUAUCUGGCUCCUUCAGAAAGCCCUUGGUGAAGACACCUGUUUGUGUGGAUGCUGAAGCAGGGCCAAAUCUGUGUGGCCAAGCCAAGUGGGCUUCGAGCCUGUCUGCAGAGCCCGAAGGGGAUGAUCCCGCGUGUAGGAGCACAGAUCAGGCCGAGCAGAUCGCUCAGCUUGAACUUAAUUUAUCGAGCCUUAAAGUCCUGAUCUCAGACCUAGAGUCAACACUGUCGAAGUCGAUGGCAGAUUUUAAUCCUACAGACUUGGCCGAGGAUCAUAACAGCUCCCAGCUAACCCUGCUUGCAGAACACGAAAGCAUCAGCCUGCCAGCUAGUGAUGGGAAGCCUCCAAGUGUGGUUACGUUUAAUGAGACCGUGCAGCAGGAUGUCUUUUCUAAAGAUAACAGGACACGGCCAGGGAGCAAACAGCAAGAGCUGCCACACUGUGUCACUUCUAUGGUGCAGAGAAGGAGGGUGCCAGAGGUGUUCCGGGUGAUCAGUAACUCAAAAAGGCUGUCUCAAAGAACUGCCGUCCUCACAGAUGCAAGUAACCAGCCUGAAGAGAAGAGGAAUGCCUCAGGCGAGAAAAAGAAAGAGUUGGAAAGCAUAGAAGAUUCCCUGAACAGCUCAUCCCUUAAUCGGUCCUAUGAUGUGGAUACCCCUUCCAGAUUCUGGUCACAGGCUGGGCCCAAAGGGAAACAGCUAACCCCUGAGCUGGGAGGCCAAGAGGGGGUGUCCCGUGCCAAACGGAGACUGCUUAUGAACAACAUGGAUGGGACUGAGAUUGGACAGCUGAUGAAUGAUGGCCGACCUCAGUUUAGCACACCUAAAGCAGUGUCGCCGUGGCCAGAGCAGCAGCUAAGGCAGGAGCAAGAAGUGCAGGUCAGAGCUCUGAUGGAGGAACAGCACAGACAACAGAAGGAGCUGCUACAGUCACUGGCAACAAGGUACCAGUUUCUCCGGAGCGUGUCCUUCCCGUGUCCCAGUGUAGGCUCACGUCUGGAGGACGUGGCAACCUCCCCCCCCCCCUCCUCUGUCUCCAUGGGUCUGGGCUGCUCCUCGCAGCCUUCUGAGCUCACAUUGGCUGAGCUGAGUGUUCUCUCAGACUCCCUUCAUAUCUCACAGUCUCAAAGCUGUCUUCCUGUGUGUCAUCGCCCCCUGGUGGCGGCAGCAGUGAAAGGUUACCUGACCCGCAGGCUGCUCCGCACAGAGAGAGUGGCUCAGCUCAUCAGAACUAUCAAGGACACCCAGCUGUUCCUCCAGGACUUCCAGUGUCAGACACCAGGGAGAGAGUUCAGCAGCAGACAAGACCGUGUCCUACAGGAGAGAGUCACACUACAAUUGCAAUCAGCACGAUAUGAACUGCAUGACCUCUUCUUCAGCCUCUGUCCUGCAGACCGGAUGCAGGUGAUCAGCUGGGACAGACAACUGGCCAGAGAGAGAGAGUUCAGACACAAGGAGAAUAAGGAGCCCCAGGCUGGGAGGAAAAGCACUCUCUCUGCUGCCACCAGGAAAGCUCUGGAGAGGAAGAGGACAGUGAUGUUACAGAAGAAAGCUGCUGAAAGAUCCAAGGUGGCUUUGGGGACUGAGGACGGAUGGACCUUCGUGCCAAACCCACGCAGAGUUCCAAAGAAGGCCACUCCGCUACGCGGGCCCAGAUGAACAGGCCUGCUGUGGGGCUCAUCUGGCUUUACCUCAGUCAAUCAAUCUACAGCACAUUCACACAGAUGCCAAUAGAGAGAGUUCCUUGGUAACAUAUGAGCACCUUGUGCCUUGUGGCAAAUGUUCCGUCCUUAUAGAUCAGAUUCUUUGUUUAUAGUGUUUGUUUAGUGUCAAAUUUAUUUAUCUUAAGUGUUUUUUGGGAGUUGACAUUUACAUCCUAAUAUUCAGCAAUCAAAUUUGCUGACGGUGCAUUUUCUUAACUUAUUUUUCAUAUUUGUUUUUCUAAUAAAUAUUUGAUAUAAAAUGCA